AUGAGAGGUUCUCGCUCUUCAGUGGGCCAAUUUCUUUUGGCCGUUGGGUCAGCCCAAGCUGUCACUGUUAAGGAGUGUACAUCAUUGGCAAGCCGUCUUAGUCUCCCAAAUACAACGAUCCACGACACAACGUUCAUCUCAGCAGGGACGAACAUUUCGCUUCCCUACAACCCCCCGUCAUGCGCUAUCCCUUUCCAAGUUUCCAGCGUGGAUAUCUGCCGCGUUGUCUUUGUCACUACUACAGGCCCGACAAGUAAUAUCUCCCUUGAAGCGUGGCUUCCAUCAAACUGGAGCGGACGUUUCUUGGGUACCGGCAAUGGUGGUAUGAACGGAUGCAUCAGAUAUGGCGACCUCAACUAUGGAGCCUCGUAUCAGUUUGCCACGAUUGGUACCAACAACGGUCACGACGGAACAUCUGGCGCUCCGUUCCUCAACAACCCCGGUGUAAUCGAGGAUUAUGUGUACCGCGCCGUCCAUCUCGAAGCUGAGUUGGGCAAGAUGAUCGUGCAAGAAUACUAUGGCAAAGAGCACAAAAAGUCUUACUAUCUCGGCUGCUCUACGGGUGGUAGGCAAGGGUUCAAGGAGGCCCAGAGCUUCCCGGAAGACUUUGACGGCAUCGUCGCCGGCGCACCUGCUUUCGACCUGAUUGGACUCAUGUACUGGACAGGUCAACUUUUCGUCAAGACCGGUACCAAUCAGACUUCGCGGUUUCUUUCUCCCGUGGAGUGGGAACUGGUGAACGCAGAUAUCCUGAAGCAAUGCGAUGGACUAGAUGGCCUUGAAGACGGCAUACUCGAAGACCCUAGCUUGUGUCAAUACCGACCCGAAGGUCUCAUCUGCGCUGACGGCCAUUCAGAUGCCUGUCUGAGCGGAGAGCAAGCAGCUACUGUGCGGGCCAUUUUCUCUCCCGUUUAUGGUUUGGAUGGGCAAUACAUUUAUCCUCGACUUCAGCCAGGCUCGAACGCGACUGCUCAACUUCUCAAUGGCCAACCCCAUCCAUAUCCCUUAGACUGGUUUCGCUAUGUCGUAUACAACGAUACGGAAUGGGAUCUAUCUACACUAAACCCGCAAGACUACGUCGCGGCUUCGCACCAAGAUCCAUGGAAGGUAUCAACUUGGGAAGGCGACCUGUCCGCGGCACAAGAACGUGGAGUGAAGGUCCUGCAUUACCACGGCUUGCAAGACAAUGCGAUUAGCAGCGACAAUUCAGAAAGGUACUAUGAUUAUGUGUCACGCACCAUGAACCUGCCUUCGACAGAGUUGGAUGAUUUCUAUCGCUAUUUCCGGAUCUCUGGCCUGGCACACUGUAGUGGUGGGACUGGAGCUAGCUUAAUUGGCAGUAACCCACAGACGUUCGCAUCGUACGACCCGGACGCUAAUGUACUGGCUGCGAUUGUUCGCUGGGUUGAGGAGGACAUUGCACCCGAAUUCAUUCUUGGUAGCCGCUUGUCGGCUUCCGGAGAGAUCGAUUUGCAGAGAAAACAUUGUAAAUAUCCCACCCGAAACGUGUUCAAGGGGCAGGGAGAUCCCACGAAGCCAGAUGGCUGGGAAUGCGUCUAG